GCCCGGCCGCCUCCGCCGUGUCGCUUCCUGGUUGGCGUGGCCGCGGAGAAAGGGUGAGCGCGGCGGAGUGAGGCGGCAGAGUGAGGCGUGCAGGGUGAGACCGCAGGGUGAGAGCGCAGAGUGAGAGGCAGAGUGAGAGGCUGAGCAGCAGAGGACAGAGGACAGAGGACAGGCAGCAUGCAGGCCGGCUGGUAGCGCCGGAGCGUCCGCUGCAGCUAGCUGUUAGCCGCUCACGCCGCUAGCGCGUCGCGCAUGCGCAGCUGUCGCUCUGCUUCUUUGUCUCCCUCAGAAGACGCUCUGACGUCACGCGGACAUGUCCCACUAGCGGAGGCGACAUGGCGUCCAGAGCGCAGGCGGGAGGACACGACGCGCAGGCCCCGAGGGACGGCAGCGGCGCGGCGGCCGGGGGCGGCAGCGGCAGCAGCAGCGGCAGCGGUAGCGGCAGCGGCAGCGGCAGCGGCAGAGGCGGCAGCUUCCGCCUGGAGGAGCUGGACACCGUGGCCACCGUGGGUACGGGCACCUUCGGCCGAGUCUUCCUGGUGAAGGACCAGAAGAGCCGGGCCUUCUUCGCCCUGAAGCAGAUGAAGAUCCCCGACGUGAUCCGACUGAAGCAGGAGCAGCACGUCCACAACGAGAAGGAGGUGCUGUCCGAGGUCAACCACCCCUUCCUCAUCCGACUGUUCUGGACGCACCACGACGAGCGCUUCCUCUACAUGCUGAUGGACUACGUGCCGGGCGGCGAGCUCUUCAGCUACCUGCGCAGCCGCGGGCGCUUCAGCAACGCCACGGGCCUCUUCUACACCUCGGAGAUCGUGUGCGCCAUCGAGUACCUGCACUCCAAAGAGGUGGUGUACCGGGACCUGAAGCCGGAGAACAUCCUGCUGGACAGCGAAGGACACAUCCGCCUCACCGACUUCGGCUUCGCUAAGAAGCUCUCCGACAGGACCUGGACCCUGUGCGGCACCCCCGAGUACCUGGCCCCCGAGGUCAUCCAGAGCAAAGGUCACGGCCGGGCGGUGGACUGGUGGGCUCUGGGCAUCCUCAUCUUCGAGAUGCUGGCUGGGUAUCCGCCGUUCUAUGAUGACAACCCGUUUGGAAUCUACCAGAAGAUUCUAGCUGGAAAACUUGAAUUCCCACGCCAUCUGGACUUCUACGUCAAAGAUCUCAUCAAGAAGUUCCUGGUCAUCGACCGAGCCCGGCGGCUCGGAAACAUGAAGAACGGAGCAGAUGAUGUGAAGAAGCAUCGGUGGUUCAAGGUGAUUGACUGGGAGGCCGUUCCUUUGAGGAAGCUGAAGCCUCCCAUCGUUCCUAAAGUGUCCCACGAGGGAGACACCUCCAACUUUGACGUUUACCCCGAGGACGACUGGAAGAAAGACCCUCCUGUGCCUCAGAAGGACCUGGAGAUCUUCAAGAACUUCUGAUCCCUGAGCCGGCGUUAUUUAUUGACGGAAUAUCCUGAGAAUUGACACGACGUGAUGAGUAGUAACUGUUCCAGCGGCUGUCAUGGAGAACAUCUUAUUUAUCAGAGCGCUGGAGCCUCAUCGAUCCAUAACUACGGCCUCCCUGAAGACAAACUUCAAAUAGAAGCCGUGACAUGUACGAUACCACACAGAUGAUUUGCUUUUUAUAUUUUUAUUUAUCUGACUCGUGUCAAACCUUUUGCUGGUUUCAUUUUUUUUAUCACAGUUUUUUCUCUGAGCCUGCUCAUAUGCAAAAAAAAGAAAAAAAAAAAGUGUUUCCUUUGAAACCAAAAGACUCUUACUUUCUAGGUUUUAAAAAAAACGAGAAUAAUCAGGUCUCUUUUUAUAUUAUUCUGUUUUAUAUGUUAUCUCUUUUUAAAGAAACGAUCAUGCAGUCAUAUUUAAUGUGACUCCAGACCGGUGCUGUACCCGUCAGCUGGUUUACACUCAUUGUUCUGUAUCCGUCAGGAGUCCGACUCUUUCUCUGUAAAGCAUAGCACUUGUAAAGAGGUGCCUUACACCGUUAGAUGGGCAUGAUGUCUCCUGUUACAUAGAGCUCAAUAUGCAUAAUGCUGGUUAUCAUCUCCGUACAUGUCUCCUCCUGUAAACAGCUUUACUCAGCCAAAGGACUGUGUCAUUAGCCUACAGUCACAGCUGCUCCACACGGGAACUACAGACUCUCCCAUGGUACUCUCUGCUCACUCAUCUUCAUCAUCCUCAUCCUCAUUAUCAUAGCUGUCGUGCUUCUAAAGCCCCGCCCUGUGAGGUGAGCCCUGUCACUCUUCUCAGCUUCACUACAGUGUUCAGCAGCGUCUCACUUUACCUGCAGAAUUCUUCCUUUGCUGUUUUUGGGACAAUAUUGGCCUUUAAAAAACAAACUUCAUAUGAUUUUUGUUCAAUGCCAUUAAAAUCCAAGUGACCAUGUGAUUUCUGUGCCUCACCCUUCAUUACAACUAAAAGGUCCUCAUUGGUGCUCAGACCUAAAGAGCUGCAGGUACCUGGAUACCUGGGUGAAAGUCCUGUGUUUGUUCUUCUCACGUGGACCUUCUCGCUCUUUAUGCCACGUCAGCUGACUUCCACAAUACACAAUGACUGUAGUAACAUGCAUUAAACACAAGAAAGUACUCCAAAGUGUGAGAAGAUGCUUUGGGUUCAUGUUACCUUUACUUCCUGUGCUGUGGUCUGUGUAGAGGAGGUGUUAGACAAGGAUGCCUGUUGUACAUCCACAGGUUUGAAGGGUAAACUAGAUUUAUGCCCUUUGUUUUGACUGGUAGAACUUUAAAACUAGCGGGGGGGCGGUCUCACGUUUCAAAUUGACCCUUCACUUAG